UCGAGGAAAAGGAACAAGUCCGAAACGGAAUUGCACUUCAAAUUGAGAAUCUUAUACAGCGAGCCGCAGAUGCAACAAUAUUGAGCACAACAACGAUCGCAAAUAUAAAGAAGAAUGGAUUAAAAUCAGAACAGGAUUACGCAGCCCGUAUAUCUUCCAAGCAAAAGACAGCAAAAACCAAAAUUACAACAUAUUUGAAACAGAGAAUUCGGGACAAAAUUUAUUCUAUGUAUGCCAGAAAAGAAUAUGUAAUAUUGGCAACAAUAAGGGAAAAGUUCAGGGAAGAAAUUGAAUAUUUUGAGUUUUCCAUUGACUCCUUAAGAAGAUGGAUCAGUAGUAUAGGCUUCAAGUGGAAAAAAUGAAAUAACAGAAUAUAUUUGAUGGACUUACCAAAUAUUGUUCAUAAAAGAAUUAAUUUUUUAAGGGAGUAUAUCAAAAAUAGAAAUGUAGGUCCGGAAGGUUUUACUCCAGUUUUCAUUGACGAGACGUGGAUUUUUAGCAAGGAAUCAUUUCGUAGUAGCUGGCAAGAUGACACCAAGUACACGGAUUCAAGGAAAAACAGUGAAGGUCAUCGUUAUAUCGUGGUCCACGCCGGAACCAAAGAUGGCUUCAUCAAGGGUGCAAAUUUAAUAUUCAAAAGUGGAUUAAAGACGGGAGAUUAGCAUAACAAUAUGAAUAGGAAAAACUGGUUUAAAACUCAGCUGGUUCCAAAUCUUCCCCCAAAGUCAUUUAUAAUCAUGAACAAUGCAAGUUACCAUUCUGGUUUAUUAGAAGAAAUCCCGAGAAAAUCUUGGACAAAGCAGAGACUGACCGAAUGGUUGAAGAAAAAGAAUAUUGGCUUUCCAGAAAAAGCCAUGAAAGAUAAAAUAUGGAGUAUUGCACGCAGAAACUGCCCUAGUGAAAAAAAGUACUUCCUUGAUGAAUAUGUUAAACCUUUAGGACACAAAAUUUUGCGACUGCCACCAUAUCAUUGCCAGUUUAAUGCAAUUGAAAUGGUAUGGUCGGAAUGUAAACGAAAAUAUGAUCCAUAUAUUUCCAAUUUUAAGGGGUCACCUUCAGAAGUUCUGACUACAUGGGAAAGGGUAAUAAACGAAAUUUCUAUAGAUCAUUGGCAAAAAUAUGUUUUUCAUACAGAAAAGGUAAUUGAAAAGGUUUGGGAGGCAAUAAAAGUGUGUGAUGCCUAUGACAUUCUGCCACUUGUGAUUACGACUGACGAAGACGAUGAUGACGAAGACAAUAUCUCUGAUUUCAGUUCUGACUCUGACAAUACUGACGAGAUUGAUUAAGCUUUUUUUGUUCUAGCCAAUUUUAUUUUAUGAUCGUCGUUUGAGUAUUCAAUCAUAUCGUUGCAAUUUCAUUAACUUGGUAAUGCAAUAUGGCGUGUUUUUUUUGAGUUUGUAUGUUUUAUUUUUUGGAAUGGUAUUUUUAUUUUAAUGUAUUAA